GUAUUAGUUUUCAGUUUUUUAGGUUUACCGCCCGGUUCAGUAUUCCAGCUGUUCAUUCGGCCCACUCCCGACGCAUUCUUUCUCGCACUCGCACAGUCGCACGAAGGGUUUCAUCGCAACUCGCAGCGGCGACCGGCGGCGGACGACGGCUGGACGGCGUGCCAUCUCCUCCUGGACCUCCCCUGCUCGCCUCGACCCGACGAUUCUCAGUCCUUUUGAGUUGGCUUGCUUGGACAGAUUACAGCCGAGAGAUCUUCCUACUUCAAUGCUUUGCUCGGACAGAUUACAGCCGAGAGGAGCCAUUGAUGCAAAAAUGUACGAGGAGUACAGGUUAAAUGUUACAAAUGAGGGGACAUUUUACCUAAGCGUCAAGACAUUUAUAUAAAGACUACAAUGCAAUUCUGUUGUAGUAAAAAACAAGACCAUUAGUUGUCUCAAGGAAAAAAAGCCUGUCUUGUUGUUUUGUGUUCUGUUUUGUUAAAGUGCUAGAAUUCCUUGCUGAGUUUAAGGAAUAUCCCAGAUAUGGCUUCAUCCAGUUCAUGUGCUAUUGAAAGUGAUGAUGCACAAUUGAAAGCCUUGUUUGACACCUUUUGUUCUGUUUGUUCACUUGAAGAUAUUGCCUUGGCCUAUAGCAAUGCUGGACAUAAUGUCGAAAAGGCAGGCGAGAUUUUGUGCAAUGUUAAUAAAAGUCACACCAAAGAUUCAUUUCAUGAAUUUAAUUGUGAAAACACAAAAGAUUCAUCUCAUGAUUUUAAUUGUGAAACCAGUUUCAAGCAAUUGGAGGAAUCAUCUAGAAUGGGAAAUCCUGCUAACUCUAUUAUUUUAGGUAAGAUUUCCAAUGGAAGGAAGCCCAAAAGAGUAAGUGCUUCAGUUGGAUCUGUUUCUAGUUUAAUUGGUAGAACAUAUUUUCGGCCUAUUUCAUCCCCGAAUGAGCCAUCUAGAACAAACAAACCACUGAAACUCAAUGUGCUUGAAUCACUGGUUGCUGAAUCUGGGAUCGAAAGAUUGGGUUCUGAACCUGUGGCUGAGCAAAUUCUAUUAGAUAACAGUGCAAAGCAGAUAUCAAUUAGUAAUACGGAUGUAGAGGAGUUCCUCUUCUCAAUGCUUGGUGAUGGUUUUAAGCUAAGCAUGGAUUGCAUUCGGGAGGUCCUUGGUAAUUGUGGAUAUAAUGUAAAGCAGAGCAUGGAGGAGUUGUUUUCCUUAUCUGCUAAAACAUUAGACAUCGACAAGGCAGUUGAUCAUAAUUUGCGUAGAAUUAACAAGCUGAAUGAGGAAACCUCCGCUAACGAGGUAGAAUGCAAGAAGCUCCCGCCUGAGGGUCAUUCAAAAGAAAUCUCAUUGUUGAAAGAAGAGAAAAUCAAUCUGUCAAGGGAGGUUUUAGAAUCAUUGUUCAGCAUCCCUGAUAUAUUUGAGGAGGAACCAAAAGUUAGACGCCUGGAGUGGGGACUAAAUCGCACAAGGGUGAUAGGGCAUAAGCCAGUGACUAAGCCUUUUGAUGAUUAUGCUUCAUCCUCAACACCUCAACCUGAAUUGACUCAACCUGAAACUAAAAGAGAUGAUGAGGAUAAUUAUCAGGUGCUUCGGAAAGCCGUAAAGCAACAUUGGGAUACAAUGAAGCUAUACUAUGAAGCCGCAAUAGAUGCAUUUAUCCAGGGUGAACAUGCACAAACAAGCUACUUCUCAAAUCAAGGUAAACAAUUUUGCCAGUUGGCUCGGGAAGCAGAUGAGAAAUCUUCUGGGCUGAUCCUAGAAAAAGCAGAACCCCAUGAAAAAGGCAAUGAGCUACCUCUUGAUUUACAUGCUCAUUCUGUUAACGAGUCUAUUCGAUUAUUGAAAUUACAUAUAUUUUCUUUAGCGAGCAUUCCUUCUUUUAGUUACUUGAAAGUAACCAUCAAUAAGGAUGAUGACAUUACCUCAAGAGGAAAGCGAAGAAGGGAAAAGGUGCUUCAGCUUCUGGAAAAGGAAUCCAUCCGGUGGUCUGAAGUGGAGAGCAGCUCGGGAAUAAUUUUGAUACCACUGAAUGAAAUAGACCAGAGCAGGUUGAGUUUUGAAACUGAUUUUUAAUUUUUAAUUUUUUUUUUUUUUGUGAUUUUGAAAGUAGCCUCUGAUUAAGCUGUGAAUGUUUGGGGCUAUAUUCUUUUUGGGACAUAUUCUUCCCAAAUUUCUGUGCAACAUACACUUAAAAUGAGAAUACUUUUUUUUUUCUGUUCUGUUACUGAAUGGUAUAAAGGUUUUAGUGUUUUUCCC